GGCCUGGUGCCUUGGGAGGGCGGGGCUGAGCGAGAGGUUCUUCUCAGAGCCCGGCAGCGCGCGCGAAGGGAUGGAGCGACGGCGGUGAGUGAAGGAGUGAGUGGUGUGUGCGGCGCCCUUGGCCUCCCUCACAGCCUCUUCCCUCAGUCAGUGGCAGAAAAAGAAGAGGAGGAGGAGGCCGCCAUGGAGACCGUGCAGCUGCGCCACCCGCGCCGGCAGCUAAGGAAGUUAGAUGAAGACAGUUUAACAAAACAACCUGAAGAAGUGUUUGAUGUAUUAGAAAAACUUGGUGAAGGGUCUUAUGGCAGUGUAUUCAAAGCUAUCCAUAAAGAAACUGGCCAAGUUGUUGCAAUUAAGCAAGUUCCUGUUGAGUCUGAUUUGCAGGAGAUCAUUAAAGAGAUAUCCAUAAUGCAACAGUGUGAUAGUCCUCAUGUAGUCAAAUACUAUGGCAGCUAUUUUAAGAACACUGACCUCUGGAUAGUCAUGGAAUAUUGUGGUGCCGGAUCUGUGUCUGAUAUCAUUCGACUGCGAAAUAAAACGUUGAUGGAAGAUGAAAUUGCUACAAUUAUACAGUCAACGCUCAAAGGACUAGAAUAUUUGCAUUUCAUGAGGAAAAUACACCGUGACAUCAAAGCUGGCAACAUAUUACUCAAUACAGAAGGGCAUGCUAAACUUGCAGAUUUUGGGGUAGCAGGCCAACUCACAGAUACUAUGGCAAAAAGAAACACUGUGAUAGGAACUCCAUUUUGGAUGGCACCUGAAGUGAUACAAGAAAUCGGAUACAAUUGUCUAGCAGACAUCUGGUCACUUGGGAUUACAGCCAUUGAAAUGGCUGAGGGAAAGCCACCAUAUGCCGAUAUUCACCCAAUGAGGGCAAUUUUCAUGAUUCCAACAAAUCCACCUCCAACAUUCCGAAAGCCAGAACUUUGGUCAGAUGAAUUCACAGAUUUUGUAAAACAAUGUCUUGUGAAGUGUCCAGAACAAAGAGCCACUGCAACACAAUUGCUUCAGCAUCCGUUUGUGAAAAGUGCCAAAGGAGUUUACAUCCUGAGAGAUCUGAUUAAUGAGGCAAUGGAUAUCAAAUUGAAAAUUCAGGAAGCUCAACAACGUGAACUGUAUCAUGAUGAUGAAGAAAAUUCAGAAGAAGAUGAGCCUGAUUCUAGAACCAUGGUACGAGCACGGGGACAGGAAACUAAUACAAUCAGAGCUGCUUGUGGAAUGAGUGAUGGUAUCAAUACCAUGAUAGAAUAUAAUGACACCUUAGAGUCACAACUGGGAACAAUGGUGAUAAAUACAGAAGAUGAGGAAGAUGAGGGAACAAUGAAGAGAAGAGAUGAAACAAUGGAGUCUGUUAGACCAUCUUUCCUUGAAUAUUUUGAACAAAAAGAAAAAGAGAACCGAAGAAACUGUGGAAGGCAGGUACCUGAAAGGUAUUCAUCAGAUUGGAGAGUACCUCAGGAUGGUGACUAUGAAUUUUUGAGAAACUGGACAGUUGAAGAACUUCAAAGGAGACUUGGAGCACUUGAUCCCAUGAUGGAACAGGAGAUAGAAGAGGUUCGACAGAGAUACCAGUCAAAACGACAGCCAAUUCUCGAUGCCAUUGAAGCAAAGAAAAGACGACAGCAGAAUUUCUGAGGAAAGCUUGGCAGUAGAAUAGAUUUCCAUCAUCCCUAACAAUAAACUGUGGUUCUACAUUUCUGUGUAGACAGGUAUCUGUUAUGAAUGUGUUGGCAAAGCAGGGUGGUGCCUGCUCCUUUCAUUUAUUGCAGCACCUUUUCAAACUCAGGAAUGCUAUUGUAUGGAGUCCACAUGAACAGAUAACAACACUGUGGAGGGUUUUGUUUGGUGUGAAAAGUGUUUUAAAUAGAUUGCAUGUGGCUUCAGAGGAAUACUGUUACUACUUGACAUAGUAUUUGUUUUUAUGAUUCUGAGGAGCCAUUGGGAAUUGACUAAAGAAUGUUGUAACUCAAGUAACAUGAGUUACUUCUUUCUUUUUGACCAUAUGAAGUUCUUUUGUGCUGUGAUGUUUAAUAGGUCUGAGCUGCUUCUUUUCUUCAUGAAGAAAACAAAGUAGGUGAAAUGUUAUCUCUUGCUGGAUUAACUUUGGUUCAUGUACAAGGAUUUUUUUCAUUUUUGUGUGCCUUCCAAGUUGAUUCUGACUUAAAGUUACAUUAUCAUAGGAUUUUCUUGGCAAGAUUUGUUGAGAGGAGGUUUGCCAUUGCCAAAAGAGAGAAUGGCUUGCCCAAAAUCAUCCAGGGGUUUCCAUGGCUGAGUAGAGAUUCAAACCAUAUUCUCCUGGAGUCCUAGUUUUCCAUCCAACCCCUGGAGCCCCCGGUGGCGCAGUGGGUUAAACCCCUGUGCCAGCAGGACUGAAGAUCGACAGGUCGCAGGUUCAAAUCCGGGGAGAGGCAGAUGAGCUCCCUCUAUCAGCUCCUCAUGCCGGGACAUGAGAGAAGCCUCCCACAAGGACAAUAAAUAAAAACAUCAAAUCAUCCAAGCAUCCCCUGGGCAACGUCCUUGCAGACGGCCAAUUCUCUCACACCAGAAGCAACUUGCAGUUUCUCAAGUCGCUCCUGACACGACAAAAAAAAAAAUCAAA